ACCCAACGAGAGUAGCAUGUUCUGUCCCAUGCAGCAGUCAAUUUGAAAGAAAACGCAUUUGUGCAGAUUUGUUUAUGGUGAAUUCUGCAAGGUUACAAAGACACUGGAGGUUGCUUUUAUCAGACAGAAGGUACGGCUGUAUCAUGUCCCGCAGUAGAGAGAUAUUUACAGAUGUCACCAUGACUAUUGACUUGAAAAAAUUCCAGGAUAAAGAUAAAGUAUGCAACAUAGUGGCAGGAAGAAAUGUAACAAGACAUAACAGUUUUUUAGAAGUCACAGACUCGUUUGAUGAAAUUAAUAAGAUUUAUUUGAAGCUGCAGUCGUUGAAAUUCUGUCCUGCCGCUGACCUUUUGAACUCAGAUAAACCGAGUCCUCUCUACCCUACAAGGACAGAGCCAGUGAAAGUGGACAGAACGGUCAUGAAAUACAUUGAUGAGAAAUACUCAAAAGAACUGGACAAAGUGCGCGCGAACAGUGUUUCAAUAACUAGGAGCUGCACAAAUCAAGGAGACAUUGUGGCUUUCAUUUCCAUUAAACCCACAGCAGGUCCAGAGUGUUCCACAGCAAGAGAAAGAUUUAUAACCUUUUAUCAGAAGAUUGCAACAAACCUGCAGGUGAAGACGUUGCUGAUUAAACCAUCCAGUUCUGUUACACGGUUUAGAGCUAUUCUUGAGGAAGAGUUCCCCAGGAUGGUGAUCGUUACAGAAGGGUGUUCUCUUAAGCUGACUGGCAACUAUCUUGAUGUGAUGAGAGCAGAACUGAUCAUAUCGACUCAUAGUCCAGGCAAACAUGUGGGAAACCGUCAUUCCAACACCUCUGACGUGGACGACACCAAUAAAGGUAGCAGGCAGUCCAGGAAUAAGGCAUCAAGUUCAUCACCAGUGAAAGAGCCACACAAAGCCAAAAAAGAGACUUGUCCAAUUUGUUUGGAUGACAUUAAAGAAACCGUGAAAGAGACAUUGUCACGCUGUCAGCAUUCAUUUUGUAGAGGCUGCUUGAAGAGUGCUUUUGAUAAUAAACCAGCCUGCCCCGUCUGCGGGGUCCUUUAUGGAGAGGUGAAAGGAACACAGCCGAGGAACGGCACGAUGUCCGUCUCCCAGUCCAGCACAUCUCUCCCUGGGUAUGAAAAGUAUGGCACUCUUGUAAUAAAGUAUGACAUACCCAGUGGAGUCCAGGGGGAUGAGCAUCCCAGUCCUGGCCAAAUGUAUUGGGGUGCAUCCCGCACAGCUUAUCUUCCAGACUCAACACUGGGCAGAAAGGUCCUUGGCCUUCUGAAGCGAGCCUUUAAUCAGCAGCUCAUCUUUACCAUUGGAACCUCCUCCACCACUGGCAUGAGUGAUAUGGUCACAUGGAACGAUAUCCACCACAAAACCAGCAUGCAUGGCGGACCAACAGGGUAUGGAUAUCCAGAUCCAGAUUAUCUCAGACGAGUUCAGGACGAACUAAAAGCAAAAGGAAUUUACUGAACACCAGAAACAAAAGCAUUUAUUUCAGAAAUGCAGUAACUGCUGUUGACAUGCUCAAAUGUAUUUGCUAAAUUGUAGCUGGCUUGAAAAUCUAUUCUGGAAUGAUCUUUAAUGUGCAGAGUCAAGUCGCUUAUUGUAUUUAAAAUUGAAAUGGGAAAUUGUUGAUAUUUGUUGGUCCUUGGGGGAAGUUACAAGAAUGUAUGGGCAAGUGGACCCUGCAGCUUCAUUCAGAUAUCAUCAAGAAAAAGUUGCAUGUAGCCAUUUUAAGGAAUACAAAAAAUAGCGUAGAGACUUAAAUAGCUCCCAUCUUUUUCUCUUAUGACACAUAUAUAUAAUGAAACGCUAAAACACAUUUUACACAUUUUUAAACAAUUUUGUCAAUAUGAAUGUUGCUUUAUCAUUGCUGUCAGUGUAUUGGUCAGUGCUGUAUUAAAAAUGAAAUCCUGCAGUAAAGAUAACUACGCCUGCACAUAUUUUGUAUCAUCAGCAAGACCUUUAUGGAAAAAAAAAAAAACAUUCUGUGUCAAUCAGGAACAUAUUUCUCCUGAAGUACUGCACUAAUUAAAGUCUUGCAUUCAGCUAGAUGUUUUCUGCUGCAGUGUGGGUGAAUUCAUCAUUUGACAUCAAAGGGGUGCUUGAAAUAGAAUCGUGUUUC